UUGCAUUUUGCAGCUGCUUGGAGUCUUGGACAUUGAUUCAUUUGACACUAGAAAGGUUCACCUUCAUCUUCAUGGCUUUUCAAGUUGAUGCUAUACUCGGUAGUGUCUCAGAGCUAGAGAAAGAGAAAGCUGGUAAAGAUGUCAUACUGACAGAGCUAACUUCACAGCGUCUUAAACUUCAAAAUGAACUGCAAAAUGUGAGAGACAAGCACUCUAAAGUGGCUGUAAGGCACACACAGUCCGAAGAGAAUCUCAAACUUAACGAGCAGAAAUCACUUGAACUAGACGGACUUGUCAACAAUUAUGAGAGAAUUAAUGAGAAUAAAAGAUCGUCCGUAAACAAGCUAACUGAAGAAAUGGAGACGGACAGUUCUAUUGUACAGGAUGAACAAAACAGUUGUGAGGACACUCUGACGGAAUUGACUGGUAGAUUCAGAUCAGCCAUCUCAUUUUAUGGUUGUACAUCACUUAAUGAUCAGUUGGAGGACAAUAAUGAAUUAAAGGAGAACUUGAAGCUAAAAUUUGCUGAGAGACUGGUGAAAUUAGCUGAUCUUAAAGAAAAGCUAAGUAAUGAUGGUACUACAGUAUCUGAUGAUUUGAAUAUCAUUGAUGAAGAAUCUCAAGCAUUAACACUGUAA